AUGUCUGGUCCUGUUGCUCGACUCGCAAACAUCAAGCUCGGCUCCGACCACAGCAGCAGCCCCUCCUCCGCAACUCCCGGCCCAAAUAGCUCUCAUCAUGUGCAACAUGCUAACAAUGCCCCAAGCGCGGAUCUCGGCCUCAUUGGCCUUGCUGUCAUGGGACAGAACCUGAUUCUCAACAUGGCCGAUCACGGCUUCACUAUCUGCGCCUUCAACCGAACCGUCUCCAAAGUCGAUCACUUCUUGGAAAACGAGGCCAAGGGCAAGCCCAUUGUCGGCGCACACUCCGUUGAGGAGUUCGUCUCUAAGCUCAAGACUCCCCGGCGCAUCAUGCUCCUCGUCCAGGCCGGCCAGGCCGUCGACGACUGGAUUGAGAAGCUUUUGCCCCUCCUACAGAAGGGUGAUAUCAUCAUCGAUGGCGGCAACUCGCAUUUCCCCGACUCCAACCGCCGCACCAAGUACCUUAGCAGUAAGGGCCUCAGCUUCGUCGGUUCCGGUGUCUCCGGUGGUGAGGAGGGUGCCCGUUAUGGCCCUUCCAUCAUGCCCGGUGGUGACGAGAAAGCUUGGCCUCACAUCAAAGGCAUUUUCCAGGGAAUCUCUGCCAAGUCUGAUGGCGAGGCCUGCUGCGAGUGGGUCGGUGACGAGGGUGCUGGCCACUACGUCAAGAUGGUUCACAACGGUAUUGAGUACGGUGACAUGCAACUCAUUUGCGAGGCCUACGAUAUCAUGAAGCGCGCCAUCGGUCUCUCCAACAAGGAGAUUGGUGACGUCUUCGCCAAGUGGAAUAAGGGUGUUCUCGACUCUUUCCUCAUUGAGAUUACCCGUGACAUUAUGUACUUCAACGAUGAUGACGGCACUCCUCUUGUCGAGAAGAUUCUGGACCAGGCUGGCCAGAAGGGUACCGGCAAGUGGACUGCUGUCAACGCUCUUGACCUCGGCAUGCCUGUCACCCUCAUUGCUGAGGCUGUCCUUGCCCGCUGCCUGUCUAGCAUCAAGGAGGAACGAACAGUUGCCUCUACCAAGCUCCAGUACGUUGCCCGCGGCAGCGGCAAAUUUGAGGGCAACAAGGAGCAGUUCCUCGAGGACCUUGAGCAGGCUCUUUAUGCCUCCAAGAUUAUCUCGUACGCCCAGGGCUUCAUGCUAAUGCAGGAGGCUGCCAAAGAGUACGGCUGGAAGCUGAACAAGCCCUCCAUUGCCCUCAUGUGGCGUGGCGGCUGCAUCAUUCGCUCCGUCUUCCUCAAGGACAUCACCGCCGCGUAUCGCAAGGAUAACGACCUUGCCAACCUCCUCUUUGACGACUUCUUCAACAAGGCCAUCCACAAGGCUCAGCCAGGCUGGAGAGACGUCGUUGCCCAGGCUGCCCAGCUUGGUAUCCCCACCCCUGCCUUCUCUACCGCCCUGUCGUGGUUCGACGGCUACCGCACCAAGGACCUGCCCGCCAACCUGCUCCAGGCCCAGCGCGAUUACUUUGGUGCCCAUACCUUCCACAUCAAGCCCGAGCACGCCAAUGCCAAGUACGAGGCCGGCAAGGACAUUCACGUCAACUGGACUGGUCGUGGUGGCAACGUUUCUGCCUCUACUUACCAGGCUUAA